AUGGAUUUCCCGGGGAAUUUGGCCAUGCGUUGGUGGCCACUGCGAGCGGAAAAUGGGGUUGGGCACAAAGAUGAGCGGUUGAGAUUGGGCGGCAUCCGCUACCUCGACCCGUACUGGUCCGUUUGGCGCACCUACGCGAAAGGGCGAUGGCUGGGACGGAAGCUGGUCGACUGCUUCGCCCAGGAGUUCCUCAGCUGCAACAAGCACUACUCGACGGUCGCCGUGAAGCUGGGCCGCGUCUACGUGAACGGGAAGCAGAUCACCGACACAGAGUACGUGCUGAAGAACGCGGACUUUAUCGAGCACUGGGGCCACCGGCACGAGCAUCCGGUGCUCGACUGCAAGAUCCGCAUCGUCGAGGACAACGAAAACCUCCUCGUUGUAGACAAGCCGGCGAGCCUGCCCGUGCACGCGUGCGGCCAAUACUCGAUUCACACGGUUCUCGGCCUUCUCCGCACCCAGCAUCAAAUCACCGGCCUGAGAGUGCUUCACCGGUUGGAUCGUACGACUUCCGGGCUGCUGCUGUUUGCGAAAAACUACGCGACGGAUCUCGACUUUAAACAAACGCUCAAGCUGGGCCACUGGGUGAAGGAAUAUGUUUGCAAGGUGGAUGGCGUCUUUCCAGAGGAAGAAAUCGUGUGCGAAGAGCCGCUCGGGAACCUAGUGGUGAGCAUGGGCAUCCAGUGUGUGCGCGCCGACGGCAAGGACGCCCGAUCACGAUUCAAAAGGAUGUGGACCGAUGGGAAGGUUUCUGUUGUAAAGGUAACCAUCGACACUGGGCGAACGCAUCAAAUUCGAGUCCACGCCCAAUUUCUAGGCCACCCAAUCGUUGGGGACACCAUCUACAAUUCGACGGUCUGGGGCCCGGAGCGGGGCAAAGGCGCCGAUUAUAAGAAGGGAUUCGAUCAGUUAGCCAUCGAUGUGCGAGACAACCACAAGAUGACGAACUGGCUCGAGGAAAUCGCGCCCGGGUACGAUGAGAUGAUGGAGAAGAUGGCGUUUGGGGAGGUGACCGCCGAGCCGCCGUUUAUACCCCGGGAAGAGCGGCCGACCUAUGACCCCGUGUGCCUCGGCUGUAAUGUCGUGAAAAAGGCCCCAACAAUGGCGCACUUUUCGCUGAAUCUACAUUGUUUACGAUACGAAACAGAGAACUGGAGCUAUCAGACUGAUCUCCCGGAUUGGGCAAUACAACCGGAAGCA